UAAUGUCAAUUACAAGGGAGGGUAUCUGGGCUGCGUUGCCUAACACUGCGAGAGGACAGACGACACACCUGUCGUACGACGCGAAGAACGAUAGGAUUGCGUAUGCCGCUGGUAAAUCCAUCUUUAUCAGACCAGUGGAGGAGCCGGAGAAGGCGAGACAGUUCACUGGCCACUUGAGCUUGGCGACGGUGGCUACGUUCGCACCGAGCGGGUUCUACAUAGCCUCUGGUGAUGAAAGUGGUAACGUGAAGAUCUGGGACACCAUGGGCGACGAUUUGAUCGUCAAGGGCGAGUACCAGGUGAUCAACGGACGCAUCAACGACAUUGCCUGGGAUGCAGACUCGCAGAGGGUCAUUGCCGUUGGUGACGGUAAGGAGCGCUACGGCCAUGCCUUCACCUGGGAUUCUGGUAACACUGUUGGUGAAAUCUCGGGCCACAGUGCACAGAUCAACGCUGUUGCGAUUAGACCAGUAAGACCUUAUAGAGCGGCAACGGUUGCUGACGAUUCGGCAUUGGUGUUUUACCAUGGACCUCCAUUCAGAUUUGACUCGAGUGUUAGAGGAAACCAUACAAAUUUCGUCAGAGACGUCAAGUACUCUCCAGAUGGUGUCCAUUUGGUCAGUGUUGGCUCAGACAGAAACAUUGUCGUCUAUGAUGGUAAGACUGGUGAAUUCUUGAAGAAAAUCGGACAGGGUGAGCACCAGGGUGGUAUUUACGCUGUUAGUUGGGUUGACAACGAGAAGUUUGUCACUUCUUCCGGUGAUGCCACUGUUAAGUUGUGGAAUGUGACUUCUGGCGAACUGUUGAAGACAUGGACUUUUGAAAAGACAUUGGAGAACCACCAGGUUGGUGUUGUUGCAACAAAGAAGUAUAUAAUCUCGUUGUCAUUCUCAGGUAACUUGAAUUAUCUUACUGAAGAUUCAGAGGAGGCGGUGAAGAUCAUUAGAGGUCAUCAAAAGUCAAUCACUGCAUCUCUGGUUUCAGAGCAGGAAUUGUACACGGGCUCGUACGACGGAAGAAUCAGUAAAUGGGAUUUGAAAACAGGUGCUGCCACUUAUGAAAAAGCACAUGAGAACCUUGUCAUUGGCUUUACCUUCUCACAAGGAAGUAUCUACACCACUGGUUGGGAUGAUAAGCUACAAACUUUGGACAGUUCACUCGUUGCUGAGAUUCCAUCCCAACCUAAAGGUGUGUCUUCAAACGAUGAAAUCACCACGGUGUUAACAGAAGAAGCUAUCAUUGCCUAUAAAAAGGACGUUGUGGAAUUCACCACCAAGCUGAACUCCACCGCAACGGCGAUUGGAACAUCGGCUGACUACGUUGCUGUUGGAUUCCAAAACAAUGCUCUCAGUGUAUAUUCGGCCAAGGAUGGAUCGAAAUUGUUUGAUCUUCCUUCAGGUCGUUCUGCCCCAUCUUGUAUUGCCUUUUCGCCAAACGGUAUUUAUCUCGCUGUUGGUGAUGUUAGUGGUAAGAUUGUGCUGUAUAACAUUGAAACAAAAGAGACCGUCACAUCAAGAUGGGCAUUCCACACGGGUCGUAUCAACAGUAUCGAAUGGAAUGAGGAUAACAACCAUGUUGUUUCAGGCUCUUUAGACACAAACAUUAUCAUUUAUCAAGUGGAGAAGCCAAUGAAGAACAUCAAGUUCCUUAAUGCACACAAGGAUGGUGUCAACACAGUUCAGUGGAUCUCAUCUACAGAGAUUGUCAGUGGUGGUAACGACGCUACUGUGAAGAAAUGGAGCAUCAAAUAUUAAAAGCUCAUCGUUAUAUGUUUAGAUUUAUACGGUUUUAUUAUAAGAAGCACGUUAACGUUUACGCUCCCUCUUGAACUUGUAUGCUGUUCUACCGAGUGCAUCCACCACUUUCUUUUUGUUUCCCUUCUUCAUACCUUCUCUUUGCAUAUCCAUUCUCUCCUCAACCUCUUUAAGCUUCUUCUGUCUUUCCAAGUGUGACUGUAAUUGAGCAAAUUUCUUUAUUCUCUUUUUAUCAAGUGAUUCCUUUGGCAUCAAGUCUUCGUUCAACUCAGGUAUUAGUUC